GCCAAUCAGAUGCAGCAGCGCCGCUUGACUUUGGCUCGCGGAAGUGGUGCCGAAUAAGGGAUAAAAAAAAGAGCCGGGGAUUUUGUUUUAUAUUUAUAAAGAGACUAAUUCGUGUUUGACUUCAGGUUAGAGGUGAAGUCUUAUAAAGAGGACUGUUUUCCUAGCACAUAAAGUGGUCCGUAUGUGAAUGACCUUAUUCUGCAUAUAGUAAGUCGUGUGUGUGGAUAGUGGGGUAUCUUUAUAGGCACAAAACGUCAAGUUCCGUUUGUAAAACCUUAACAGCUUUCAUUUAGCACCACUUUAGCAGUUCGUUUUUCGGCUUGCAAGCGAUACUAAGAUACUACGAGCUAGCAAAAAGAAAUGGCAUAUCUUCUCUCACUGAGACCCCUGGCAUUGAGGACUAGUUUUGCAUGGACGGCGCUCUCUGCAAAUCAUCGACCAUACAGCAGUAAAUAUGAAGGAUCUGAGUAUUUGCACAAAAGUAUUGUUCCGACUAUGCACUACCAGAAAAGUUUGCCGAGAUUGCCAGUUCCGAAGAUGGAGGACACGAUUAGGAGAUAUUUGGCAGCUCAGAAACCCCUAUUAAACCAGGAACAGUACAGUACAACAGAGAAACUGGCUCAUGAAUUUCAGAAUGGUGUUGGCAAGCAGCUACAUGAGGAGCUUGUGGCUCAGGACAAAAUAAACAAGCACACCAGCUAUAUUUCAGCUCCCUGGUUUGACAUGUACCUAUCUGCCCGUGAAUCUGUGGUCUUGAACUUUAAUCCUUUCAUGUCAUUCAACCCUGACCCCAAACCUGAGUACAAUAACCAGCUUGUUCGGUCUGCUAACAUGGUGUGUUCUGCGGUUCGGUUUAUGAAGACCCUGCGUGCUGGUCUCCUUGAACCAGAGGUAUUCCACCUAAACCCAGAAAAGAGCAACACUGAUACCUUUAAGAAGUUCAUCCGAUGGGUGCCGUCCUCCAUUUCAUGGUUUGGAGCCUACAUGGUAAAUGCCUAUCCGCUGGAUAUGUCUCAGUAUUUCCGUCUCUUCAACUCUACACGGAUCCCAAAACCCAAGCGGGAUGAGCUCUUCACUGACCAGAAAGGUCGCCAUGUGCUUGUCAUGAGAAGAGGAAAUAUGUAUAUAUUUGAUGCACUGGAUCGGGAUGGUAAUCUGGUGAAACCAGCAGAAAUCCUGUCACACCUCAAAUACAUCCUUGCAGACGCAACACCAGCUGCCUCUUUACCUCUAGGUGUUCUGACGAGUGAGAACAGGGAUGUUUGGGCUGGACUAAGGGAGAAGCUUGUACAGGCAGGGAAUGGUGAGGCUCUAGGUUUAGUGGACAAUGCUUUGUUCUGUCUGUGUCUUGAUGAGGAGGAAAUGCGUGAUCAUAUACACAUCUCCCACAAUAUGCUUCAUGGGGAUGGCUGCAACCGAUGGUAUGACAAGUCAUUUAGUAUCAUUCUGGCCAAAGAUGGACAAGCAGCCAUCAAUUUUGAGCACUCUUGGGGUGAUGGUGUGGCUGUCCUCCGUUUCCAAAAUGAAGUCUUCAAAGACACCACAGAGACUCCACUGAUCAGUCCUGGCACCCAACCUGCUGCUGUCAAUUCGGCUUCUGCUGUCCGGAGGCUGGAAUUCAAGCUAAACGCUGAACUGGAACAAGCAAUAAGAAAAGCCAAAGAGAACUUCCAGGCUGCUGUCUCAAAACUUACUAUUGAUGCCAUGGAGUUCAAACAAGGGGGAAAAGAGCAUUUGAAGAAGAAGAAGCUCAGCCCUGAUGCCAUUGCACAACUGGCUUUUCAGAUGGGAUUCCUGCGGCAGUACGGGCAGAUCGUAGCUACAUACGAGUCCUGCAGCACUGCAGCUUUCAAACAUGGCCGUACAGAAACCAUCCGGCCUGCCAGUAUACAUACACAGCGCUGUGCUGAAGCCUUUGUUCAACAACCUGGUCAGCACAGUGUGGAGCAGCUCACAAGUCUGCUGCAUGCCUGCUCCAAAUACCAUGGGCAGCUUACAAAGGAGGCAGCCAUGGGACAAGGAUUUGACCGGCAUCUUUUUGCCUUACGCUACCUGGCAAAUUCUAAAGGAAUGCCUCUGCCGAGUCUGUACCAGGACCCAGCUUAUGCAGCCAUAAACCACAACAUCCUGUCCACCAGUACACUCACUAGCCCUGCUGUCAGUUUGGGUGGCUUUGCCCCCGUGGUCCCAGAUGGUUUCGGAGUGGGCUACGGUGUCCAUGAUGACUGGAUUGGUUGCAACGUUUCCAGCUACCCUGCCAGGGACGUCCAUGAAUUUCUCAGAUGUGUUCACAAGUCUCUGGAGGACAUUUUUACUGUUCUUGAAGGAAAGCCAAUUAAAUCCAGCUAGUAUAAACGCUAAUGUACUUCAGCUGAAUGAGAAGGAGUUUUGAAGAAUCAUUUAAAGGACUAAUUCUAGAGUGCUCAGUGGUUAAUUUUUGUUGAUUAAUGUAUAGUUCUUUGUCUGCAGUUGUUUGAGUAGAUCAGCUCCUCUGGACUUUCAAUUCUGCCUAACAAUCAAUUAAAAUGUUCUGCAAAUUUGUACUUGGCAAAUUAAUUUUUGCUGUACAUUUUGGGAUGUUAUACACAUUAUUUUAAGUAGGCAACUAUUAAACAGAACUUAAAUUCA